AUGUCUAGCUUUUAUUUACAAGAACUUAAUAAUUAUUCAUAUGAAAAGUUUGAUGAAUUUGCUUUACAAGAAUCUAAUAAUUUUUUACAAGAAUCUAAUAAUUUUUUACAAGAACUUGAUGACUCUUCACAAGAAUUUGGAAAUUUUUCACAAGAACACGAUAACUUUUUACAAGGAUUUGAUUUUUUACAAAAUCCUGAUAACUCUUUACAAGAAAUUGACUUAUCACAAGAAUUUGACAAUUUACAAAAAACUGAUGAUUAUCCGCAAGAACUUGGAGAUUAUCCCAAAAAUUCUAUCAUAUUGUAUAAAGAAAAAAAUCGAUCUUUUAUAUAUAAAAUAAUUAAAGAAGGCAUUUAUCCAAUGGCACCUAUUCUUAAAUAUACUUUGGCACCUAAUAAAUAUGAAAUACCUGACAAUUAUAUUGUAGAAACUACAUGGGGUCAUAAAACAAAUAAACAAACUAUUAAGUCACAAAUUAACUAUAUUUCUGGUACACCUACAUUCUAUAUCUAUUAUGGAUCAAAUUUUAAAAAUUAUAUAGUUUCAAAUAAAUCAUCUAGUCAUGCUGCAACAUUAUUACAUCAGCGAACUACACCUAACAAAAAAUCAACAUCUUCUGGAAUUCUUUUAUUUGGUUUACAAUUAAAAAAAGUUAGUUAUAGUCGAAAAAGAGAAAAACAAAUCAGAAUGUUAAGGCCAAUAGAAAUAUUUACAAACUCUACACUUACUAAGCGUGCUAUUAAUUUUUCUAAAGAAAUAUAUACAAAUUUUCAAAGUUAUACACCCCAAUUUUAUCAUCCAGAUGAUAAACCUGUAUUAGAGUCAAUUUGGUAUUCAGUAAAAUGGUAUACUUAUGAAGUUGAUUAUAGUACAAAAGAUUCUAAGAGAUUAAAACAAAAACAAGAAUCAAUUUGUCAAAUACAAGAUGAGAAACAUAUGUCUCGUAAUGUUUAUAGUAUAAUAGUAAGAAAGCUAUUAUUUUUGUUAAUUGGUUCAAAGGAAAGAUGA